AUGGUCCUCCGCGACCCCCUGCAAGGUCGUCCGAAGUUUCGGGACGGAAGAGGGUCCGGGGAAGCGGCGAGUCGAAGAGUGGGACUGGCCCUGAGACGAAGGAGUUCGACCAUCUCACCUCAGACCGUCAUAUGCAUCCUCAAUGUGUGUGGUGGUUUUCUUGACUGUUGUUUUCUGGCUGGUUCCCAGGGGAAGCCUCAGAGUGGGCUGCAGUGCUAUAGACAGGCCCUGGAGAUGGAUUUCGGGUGCCUGUGUGCCCUCUAUCAGAGCUGCGUGGUGUACAGACAGCUGGGAGAGGCAGAGGCUGAGAUUGAGGCUCUCGGGCUGCUCUACACUGCAUUGAUGUCACCCGCACAUUGUGACCCGGCCUGUGACUCUGCCGCCCUGAUUGGCCCAGAGUCUCUGCUGAAAAGCCCCACCCUGAUCUGUCUGCUCAGGAAGCCACCCCCCUCCUGCGUGAAGCAUUGUCUGGCACAAAGGAGCCUGCAGAGUGGCAGGACAGCAGAGGCAGUGGAGCACUACCUGGACUUGUUGGCCUCGCUCCAGGAGGGGGUGUCUCAGCGGGUGAUCGUAGACAGCAGCCUGGCCUUCCCCAGAAUCCCAGAGCUGUACCUGGAAGCAGCAGUGGCCCUACUGAAGGCCAUGAGGUACCAAGAUGCGAUCACAGUGUGUGAAGAGGUUGUCAGCAAGACAGGAACCUUGGUCCCUGAGAGACUGACCCUUGAGUGCCCUCCCAACACGGAGCGCAAGGGCCUCUGGCCUGGAGAAUCAGAGAAGAGAGAGAGUCUGAACUGUGUGCUGUGGACCGCGGCGGCCUGCUUCCUUCAGGGACAGGCCUUCACCCAGCUCAAGGAGGGCAAGGAAUCGCUGUCUCAUUACAGCAGAUGUAUAAAUUUGUUGGUUAAGGUCCACGUUACUUAUCCAGAGCAGCGAGGAGGGGACUCUGAGCAGAGUGAAGUGCGGUCACUGCAGAGGCUGAAGAGCCUGGCGUUCACUGGGAGAGGAUUGUGCUUCCUGGAGCGGGCUCAGAACAGAGAGGCACUGCACAGCUUCCAGCUCAGUGUGCAGACUGACCCAGGGGUAGUAGAGGGGCUGUACUGGCUGCUGGAGCUGCUCUGGAGGCUGGGGAGGAGGGAGGAAGCCCUGUCUUGCUGGAGGAAGUUUCAGAGCUACACUGGGAGGUUGGCAGAGGCAGCAGCACAGGAUCUCCAGGGAGACUACCCCCUGUACCUGCUGCCCCCCCUGCAGGGGGAUGUUCCUCAGGACUGGGAGGGUCUGAGCAGGAGGGUGCUGGAGGAAUGCAGCCCGCUGUAAAGCUACUGCACCAGGGUGCUACAAUAUUAACAUUAGCCAUUUCCAAUUGUAAUAUUACAUGCUGCUGGAGCACUGCAGAAAAAGGUAGUUACUUUGGUUUAGUUAUAUAUGAUCUAUAAACAUGUAAUUAUUAGCUAUAGAUUAUUAUUAGAAAUAAAAUGCGCUGCAUUACAA